UGUAAAAGUCGCCUUAUUUUUUUUUCUGUCAUGACCAUUAUCUAGGUGUGCUUUAUCUUAAUCCCAGCAAUUAACCGAGUGUUCCUUUAUAAUCGUUCUAUUCAUUAAAAAAAAUAGUCAACAACCUUUACACUAUUUUCGCACCCCUUUGUCAGCCACUUCGUAAACUCAGAAUUCAGCUAACCUCGAGAAUCAUGUUGCAACAGGCUUUACGCUUCAAUGCUUGCGCCAAAUCAGAAGUGGGCAAAUUUUUGCCUCCGGGUAAAGAAAGUGAUCGUGUCAGGUUGAUUGGUGAAGAACCGACAUUUCAACGGCGGUGUUUAGAAUUUUCUGAUCAAAAUCCGCCUGUUGAAGGUGAUGACGAUCGAGGCGAAGAAUCUGUCUCCGGAGAGGAUCGUUUGGUGGGAGGUUGGUCCCAAUCAGUGACUAUACCUUGCGUCGGUUAUGUCGGUCCUACACAUGCGUCAUAUACUUCGUCGUGCAAACCUCGGGAGAUUGAAGGGCAAGAGUUGCUUAGGGGCGAAUUCAACCUUGCUGACACAUGGUCUCCUCCAGCCUGGCCUAACAUCCUUACCCGGGCCUUUCGGGUCUUUGAUGCCAAGGAUCUCAUCGAAAACGUUUUCACUGGCAACAUUGCUCCAGAACUCUGGGACACGCAUUUUGCUAAUGAAGAAAUGCUUCGUUACGAAGCACCUUUGGUGAAAGAGAGUUUUGACAGUUACUAUGAAAAGAUCCGGGGCUUGUCUACCAACGUGCUGACCAACUUCCUCAAGCGAUUUGAUACCUACGUGGAAAUUUACGGCUCGUUGCGAGAACUUCACGGAUACAAAUACCUACAAGCUGAGCGAGAUUUGCUCGACAAACAAAACGUGAGCAUCACUAGGCGCUACGCGGAAGUUUCAAAACUGAUGGACGAUCCCUUGGUUGACGCCGUCGUUGGCAGUCAGUUUUUUGCACUCGAAGGACAAGCUUAUCAGUAUAUUGCACUGCUUGAAGAGCAGAUGGAACUUGGCGAACUCGCUUUCUACCUGAAUAUUGCGAAUGAAGAUUUUGUCAGUGACCCGGCGACAGCUGCCCUGCGGCAAAUCAAAUGGGCCGGAAAGCUGGUCAAGAAUAUGCGGAGGGUCGCAGUCCAACUCGCAGGUAUUGAAAGCUGGCUCACAACUUUCGUGAACUUCAUGGACGAUUUGCGGGAAACUGUUGAUCCACUGCUGAUUCGUUGGGGUUGUUUCGGGAACGUGACUCCGAAGUCGCAGCCAUACUCUACUGGCGUUUGUGCCGCGAUCGAAGCCGCCAUGUAUUUUAUGGGCCAGGUUCCGGGACCGAUUCGGUCCAACUUCCUUGUGUACCUUCGCGCUGGCGGGGUUGACAAGGCCAGGUAUCCAAGGGAUUUUAGGUACUCGCUGUCCAGAUCAUCCAUGAAAUUUGGCGGCCAGAUGAAGGCGAUUCAGGAUGCGAUUCGAGAGCCCGGUUUGGAGGAAUUCACCAACCUUAGCGGGUGUAGAAGCGAGUUCCAGCGGAGAUUGGAUUCUAUUUCCAAAUUCGCCAAGGCGUUUUUUGCCGUGCCUCACGCUGGCUCGGAAGCCAUUGAGGGUUUCGGGCUCGAACAGGAACUUAGAUCCCGGGGCGACGCGAUGCAAAAUCGGGCCGAAUCUAAGCUGCCUUCUUGAGAAAACCCGAUUCCCGACGCUUUUUUUGUUUGUUUUCCAUUCGAUCCUGUUCGUGGUUGGGGUUGCUUCAAUUUUUCGUUUAUUCCUUUUUCUAUUUCGUUUCUGUUGUUUUUUGUUUGUUUCGUUUUUACUCCCGUUUUUUUCUAUUUAAUGGGAGGAUGUUUUUCUUCUUUCGUCAAACUUUUAUUUUUUUCUUUUAGCAGUUUUGUUGUUGAAUAUAAGUUACGGUUACUUUGCCUCGGC